AUGACGGAGCCUCAUGCUGCUGCGGAGGCCUUCGCUUCCCACGGCGGCGACGGCGGCGGGCCCAUGGACGUGGACCAGGACGGCCUCGUAAUGCGCGAGUUCAACGCGCUUGACGUGGCCGAGAUCCUCGACUCGGACUCGCGCCCUACCUUUGUCAUCGACCUGGACCCAGACGAAGAGGUCGUCACGAACACUGUCAGGAUAACGCCCAUAUUUUGCAACUCGGCCCUGCGGCUCCAUGAGCGCUUGUUGGAUGUCAUCAUAGGAGCCGCUGGGAACGAACCGGAGCCCCAUACCGGCUGCUCCUACGACGACUUCAAAUCUUGGGCCACGGGCGUCACCCAGCAUGACGACUCCAAGGAUGUCUUCCCUUUGUCUUUCCUGUACGCUGAUAUGCUCUGGACCGGCGCGACAGUGCGGAGGCGAUGGAGGCUGGUCAGCGGCAACCUGUGGAACCCCGGCAUCUCGGCGCGCGAGCUGUCUGUUGCCUCAACGGCGCAAAAGUCGCUCCCGCCAUCCGAGAAGUCAUCAGUGGUCAAGGCGUCGGUGGCUCCGACCCACGAGAGCGCAAGCAACACAGCCAUGACCACCGUGGCUUCGUCAAAGCCGCAGCCGCAACAGCACCUGCCCGCGGCUGAGGCUACCAACUCCAGCAGCACGGGCGACUCGUCCCAAACCAGGAGGCUGGUGCUCGCAGCGCCAGAAAAGGCAUGCCCUGAUUGGACAGUCCGGCAUCCCAAAGGAACCAUGUCGGACCAUAUUGCCUUUGCCAGGACAGUUCACUGGGAAACAACCCCGUUGGGGCCCAUGGAGGAGUGGUCGCCGGAAUUUCGCCAGGUUGUUAACCUGGUCAUGCUGAAUCCUUUCCCCGCUGCUUUGUUCUGGGGCCCAGAUCUCACCAUGCUGUACAAUGAGGCAUAUGCCGCCGAGGUGGCUGGCCAUAAGCAUCCAAAUCUCAUGGGCACCGGGUUCUCUGGCCCCUUUUCGGAGCUCUGGGACGGGGUUGUCGAGCUGUUCGCGGAAUGUGCGCGCACGGGUAUUAGCAUUCGAAAGGAUGAUGAUUAUCUACCAAUCCACCGCCACGGCUUCCUCGAGGAGACCUUCUACUCGUGGUCGUGGACACCGCUGUACGGAGGGACCAAGCGCAUCCUUGGUUUCUACAACGCACCCUUCGAGACCACCCAGGCAGUGCUGCGCGAACGUCGGAUGCAAACGAUCAGCAAGGUCGGUGUCUACAUGUCUCGCGCCAGGAGUGUGAAGCAGUUCUGGAACUUGCUGCUAGAAGCCCUCGAGGACAAUCAUUACGAUGUGCCCUUUGCUUUACUUUAUUCUGUAGGUGAAGGCGAAGAUAACGACCAGUCAUCCACGUCUUCUGGGAGCACAAUCUCAAUGAAGUGCUGCUACUUCGAAGGGGCGCUCGGUAUUCCCGCGGGCCACGAAGCCGCACCGCAGCAACUAGAUUUGAAGCGUAGCCGGGAGGGCUUUAUCCCGGCCUUUCGAGAAGCCAUGCGAACUCGAGAGCCUACCCUCCUGCAUACCAGGGACGGGACCCUCCCGGAAGAACUUCUUGACGGCGUCGAAUGGCGGGGCUUCGGCGACCCAUGUGAUAAGGCUGUCAUAUUUCCUGUGCGGCCAACCAACGGCGAGUCUGUUCUCGCGUUCCUCGUGCUUGGAGUUAACCCCCGCCGACCCUAUGACGAUGGAUACAAAGCAUUUGCGAAUAUGCUCCACCGACAGCUGGCAACUUCUCUCGCAUCAUUCAUGCUUUACGAAGAUGAAGUCCGCCGGAGCAGGGACGCUGCCGAGGCAGCAGCCAUCAAAUCUGAACAUCUUUCCCAGCAACUCGCGUUGCAGACUAACCGUCUGAGGCGGAUGACCGAACUGUCUCCACUGGGGAUGUUCCUUGUCGAUCCCGAAGGCGUUUUACGUGAAGGGAACGACCGAUAUUACGAGAUGACAGGUCAUUCCAGAGUGUCGUCGUAUGAAAUGUCAUUCAUGGAGCAGAUUGAAGAGGGAAGCAAGGUGACCAUGGAAGACGGUUGGAGUAGAAUGGUUGUGGAUCACCAGCCAUGGAGCGGCGAGCUUGAACUCAAGAGGCUGCUUGUCAAGCCAGUCGAUCUGAAUGGUGAUGAUAUUCAGUACUGGGUUCUAGUGAAUGCUCAGCCUGAAUUUGCUGCCGAUGGCUCCGUGCGUUCGAUCAUGGGCUCUAUCACCGAUAUAUCGCACCUCAAAUGGGCCCAGGGCCUGCAGAACCGCAGGCUACAGGAAGCGGAAGAAACUAGGCGCCAACAGAAUGAAUUUAUUGACAUCACCUCGCACGAGAUGAGGAACCCCUUGAGCGCGAUUCUGCAAUGCGCAGACGAUAUUCUGUCGACGCUCAGCAGUCACCGCGCUCAAGGCAGCCCGCCAUCGUCUGAAGAUGUUGACAGCUGUCUAGAUGCCGCACACACGAUCUCUAUAUGUGUGCAACAUCAGAAAUCGAUUGUAGAUGAUAUUCUCACGGUCUCGAAACUCGAUUCUAACCUCCUAGUAAUAACGCCGGUUGUGGCGCAGCCUAUUGAGGUCGUGAGGCGGGCGGUAAAGAUGUUUGAACCGGAGCUACAAGCCAAGGAUAUCGAGAUGGUCUAUGAAGCGCAUACCUCAUUUCAGGAGAUUUCAGUGGACUGGACUUCAUUCGACCCCAGCAGAGUCCUCCAGAUUUUGAUUAACCUCAUCACCAACGCUAUCAAAUUCACAGCUGCCGCCACGAAGCGAGUAAUAACCGUGUCGGUCGGCGUGUCAUACCACCCUCCCCUCAGUACAAACACGCCCGAUUUUCAGUACAUCACACCCAGAUCUGUGAAUCCGAAUGUGGUCGCUGGCGACGAAUGGGGCUCCGGGGAUGUAGUGCAUCUUCGAUUCAAGGUUCAAGAUACUGGUUGCGGCCUCACUCCAGAGGAGAUGAAUGUCCUCUUCAAACGUUUCUCUCAGGCAUCGCCACGGACACACGCGCAAUAUGGUGGCAGUGGCCUCGGCCUCUUUAUCUCGCGUCAGCUGGCAGAGUUACAUGGUGGACAGAUAGGUGUUGCCUCGCAAGCGGGCGUAGGGAGCUGCUUUGGCUUUUUUAUAGCCGCGCGGAAGGCAUCGCCCUCCUCUUCUGAUCCAUCAGCUAAUGUGACUACUCUCGAGCGCGAGUUGGUUGGUCAGACCGAGGUUCUCAACCAGGCGAUAACGCCACAGCGUCAAGAUCUGGCCUCGCCGAGUCUCCUGGCAGAUCUUGUUGCAGCCAAGGUCCCGCCCAACUUUGACCCACGGAACCUAGAGGUCCUGGUGGUAGAAGACAAUCUUGUAAACCAGACAGUUCUGGUCAAACAACUAAAAAAGCAGGGCGUUGGUGUCAACGCAGCCAAUGAUGGCAUUGAAGCACUCGCCUUCUUGGAUGAGACCGAUUUCCGGAAGGUAGGAGGCAAGCGAUUGUCUGUCAUUCUGAUGGACCUGGAGAUGCCGAAUAUGGAUGGGUUGACCUGCGUCCGCGAGAUACGAAAGAUGGAGGGAACCGGUGAGAUCAGCGGACACGUGCCGGUUAUCGCUGUCACUGCCAACGUCCGCGAUGAGCAGAUUGCCGUUGCGAAACGAAGUGGCAUGGAUGAUGUCGUCUCGAAGCCAUUCCGCAUCACCGACCUCAUCAAGAAAAUAGAGGCGUUACUCGCCGUGGUUGCGAGUGGUGGAGGUCCCGCCGCCGGAUGA